AUGGCGUCCCAAAGCAACUUCAUGACCGCCAUGACCAACCGGUCGCUGCGCACUGUCCGACUGGAACUUGAGUUCCUUGCGGAUGCGUCGGUCAUUACUCCACAACAACUUUCCUCGAUUGUAUCUCAACUACCUCAGGAGAACACUGAACGUUCCGCCUCUGCACCUCAAUCGCAGCCACCUGUCCAGCGGCACCAACCCCCGGUUGCAGCCCCAACUCCCAUUCAGCCAUCUCCAGCCCCAUACUCCCCUCCAACUCAACAAUUUGCCAAUACCUCGUUGAACGAGAAGGCCGCCUAUCAACCUCCCCCGCAGCAUUAUACUCCCCCACCGCCUGCUUACCCCCAAGCUCCCCCGGUGCUCUCGGUCGCUAAUGCACUCUACGCCUACACGCCAACGGACCCCGGUGAUCUGGCCCUCCAGCCCCAUGACCGGGUUCAAGUUCUGGAGCACAUGAACGCCGAUUGGUGGCGUGGUCGUAAUGAGAGGACCAACUUGGAGGGUAUCUUCCCUCGUAGCUAUGUGAACGUGAUAGAAGACAAGGCGGCGCCAGCUCCUUCGAGUUACGGAAAUAUGCCCCUCGAGGUCAGCCAGGGUGGCUCCGCCGAAAAUCCGGACGAGAAGAAAACCGGCAAGUUUGAAGAGCAGGGCAAGAAGUUUGGCAAGAAGAUGGGCAAUGCCGCUAUCUUCGGUGCCGGUGCUACUAUCGGUUCCAACAUUGUGAAUAGUAUCUUUUAG